UCUAAAGUCCAUGUUAAAAAGAGUGGUCCAGAAAGACGGGAAAGAUUGGGACAUGUUACUCCCUGCCCUGUUGUUCGCUAUCCGGGAGGUACCACAGGCAUCCACGGGUUUCUCGCCAUUUGAGCUAGUGUACGGACGAAGGCCCCGGGGGUUGCUUGAUCUGGUAAAGGAAACGUGGGAAAGUGAGUCCUCCCCGCACAAAACCGUGGUAGAGCAUAUUUCUCAAAUGCGAGAAAGGGUGGCUAAAGUGAUGCCGAUGGUGAGAGAGCACAUGCAGAAGGCUCAGGAUGCCCAAAGAAGGGUAUAUAAUCGGUCGGCUAAAGUGAGACAGUUACAAGUAGGAGACAGGGUAAACUAUAAGGUACACCAACCAGGAAAAAGAAAACCCUACCAGAUUUAUCACAUAAAUUUGUUGAAGCUCUGGAGAGACAGAGAACCGGUGUCCGCGGUGGUGGCGGUACAGUCAGGGGACCAUGUAGGGAUCGACCUGGUGCAGGUUGCGGCUACCUUAACUAGGCCCCAAACCCAGCAAGUAAAAGAAUUUCUGCAAAGGAAUAGGGACAUGUUUUCAGGGUUGCCAGGGCUCACCAACGUCAUUGAGCAUGACAUUGUGACCGAGCCCAAGGUGAAAAUCCGGCUUAAACCCUACCGUAUCCCAGAAGCUCAUAGAGUGUCAGUGUCUGGAGAGGUUAAAAGGAUGCUCGAACUUGGGGUCAUCGAAGAGUCGCAGAGCGAGUGGUCCAGAUUUUUCUAAGGAUUUUAUAGUGCAGACAGAUGCCUCAAGUGAAGGGCUAGGAGCAGUUCUGUCUCAAGAAAUCAACGGAGAGGAGCAUCCAAUAGUUUUUCUUAGUAGGAAACUGACGCCAGCUGAGAAAAACUAUGCGGUGGUGGAGCGCGAAUGUCUUGCCAUCAAGUGGGCUUUGGACUCCCUACGUUAUUUUCUCCUAGGUAGGAAGUUUCGCCUUAUAUCAGACCAUGCUCCUCUUACGUGGAUGAGACAGAACAAACACACCAAUGCCAGGGUAACAAGGUGGUUUCUGUCUCUGCAGGAGUUCAAUUUCAUGGUAGAGCACAGACCCGGG